CAACCACCAGAGAAUCCCGGUACAUGUAUUUGUGAAAAGACAACAGGCAAUACGAAGAAGGAGCUGCAUAAUUAGGAAUUCUGAGGAAGGAUAUACCACGCUUGGUGCGGGGCUCUGCCGCUAGAGGGCGAUGUCUGACAACAGCAUCAGUACCAACAGCGCCAGUUCCAGCAGCAGCUGGACCGUUCUCACUCCGGAGUCCAACGCAGCUGCGGUGGAAAAUGUAGGCCCUGGGGAUGAUGGGAGCGGGAGUCUGGCGGACACAUCGAGCCUCUCGGAGGAUGCGGCAGGGAGCUUGACAGACUCUGGUGCGAGCAGUAGGGAUGCCCCGGCUAAUGGCUUACGCUCCGAAGAGGGUCUCCAGGUGUGCCAGGAAACUGUGGCUGAGAGUGGCCACAGCUUCACCCCUCCUAGCCCCACCCUUCUGAGCCCAUCACCCACCAGCCAUGUGCCUCUGUUGUCCAACCUUGAGAGCUAUAGUUUGGCCAGUGCAGACCUGGACUCCAACACUGGUAUCAGUCUUCAAGCUGGGGGCCAGACACCUCUAGGUCCUACAGUGAACACGAACCCUGAAGCGUAUACUGAUAUUUGUCCACCUGAGAGCCACAUCCCUGUUGGCCCUUACCCCGAAUCCAGCAUCACAGUCCCUGCUCCCAUGAGAGAAGAGGAAGGAGGUCGACCGCAGGAGCAGUCUGAGCUGGCUAAGAAAGUAGCGGAAGUUGGAAAGCAAGCAGUGCAAUUGCUGGAUCAUCUGGUCACGGAUUUCUUCCUAUUCUGGGGAAGGAGGCUGGCGAGACUGCAAGUCUCUGAUUCCCCUUAUGACUCUGAGCUGGGAGAGGUGAGGGGGGCUGAGGGUGACCGGCUGCGCAAGAGGAAAGUGCGUCCUCUUGGCCCCUUGGACAAAACGGAGAAGCAGGCUGAUGAGGAUGAAGAUGAAGAAGAGGAAUACAGGCCCAUCCAGCAAGUAGAGGAGCAUGGAGGCUUCUCUUUAAACAAGUGCAUUUUGGGUGCCCUAAUCCUCCUUGGCUUGGGAACGAUCUUAUUUUCAGGUGUCUUCGUGGACCUGGAGGAUGAUGAUGAUGUUGAAGUGAGAGAACUGAAAGAUCCAGAGGUGCCACUCAGCCAGGAUUGGGUGAACAGGGAUAUGGAGGCCAUGCGAGUCCAGGAGAUGGCACAACUGUUGGAUAAACUCGCUCAGGAGAACCAACAGAUUGCAGUGCUCCAGGCACAGCUUCAGUCACAAGCAGAGGAACUGAACCUAGCGCUACAGAGGGCAGAAGAAGGAGGAAAAGAGUUUGUGAGAAAAGAAGAGCUGGAGAAGGAGAAUGAGCAGAUGAGGAUGGAGUUGUCAUCUUUACCCAGCCUCCAGAGGGAACUGGAGACUCUGAGGGCCAGAGUGACAGAACUCGCACAAAUCACAGCCAGCAAAGAUUCCACACAGUUCCCUUCCUCUGCACCUGUAUCACCCUCCUCUGACCAAAAUGAGAACAGCAGCCAAAGCACUGGGGUGGAGAAAGCAGCGAGCAUGGAGGGGGAGGACCACCAGAGAGAUAGGCUGACAGAAGAGCUGGAGCGACAGAAGGUCUUGCUGCAGGAGAGUAGGAAACGACUGGAAGAGAUGAAAGUGGAGAAUGGAGGGAAGAAGGGUGUAAGGGAGGGCCUGGUGGAGGUGGAGAGAAGGCUCACUGAGGAAGUGGAGAAGUUGGGACAGAGGAGAGAAGCAAAAAGGAAGGAGAGACAUGGUGGGAGAAAGUGGGAGGGCCAAGGAGACAGAGAUGUGAUGAAGAAAUGGGGUCGGCAAGAGAGAAAAGAGUGGAAGGAAGGCAAGGACGCAAAGAGAGGGGAUGAUGCUUGGGGUUCAGAUGGCAAAGAGUGGCAGGAGAGGAAGGAGUGGAGGGAUGGAAAGGACUGGAAAUUGGACAGAGAUGGUAGAAGGGACACAGAGAGACAGUUGGAGGAUACCGGUGAAAGAAGAGAGUGGAAAGGGGAAAAGGACUGGAAAAAGGGACGAGAUGAUAGGGAUAACAGGAAUGAAUGGAAGGAGAAGGAGAGCAAGAACUCGAGAGGAGAAAAAGAGUGGAAGCACCAAGGUAAUGGGGAGAGAGACAGGGCGUGGAAGCAGCAAAAUGACAUAAAGGAGUGGGAGGAGAAAAGAAAAGAGUGGUCAAAAGGCGGAGACAGAAGGAGAGAUAAUGGGAAAGAGGAGAUGAAACAUGGAGAGUGGAAGAUCAAUGAAGUGUAUCAUAGAGAUGAAGAGCAGUCCAAGGAUGGCAGCAGCCAUGAGAGCCAUGUUGGGGAAAGGAGCAAUAAAGAGUUCAAAGAAGAAGGCAAGAAGGAGAGGCACUGGAAGAGCACAGCGGACAAGAAACCCCUAGAUGCAGCACACCGACACCAUGAGCACAAUGACUACUGGAAGGGGAAGAAGCAGAAACUGCAGCACUACUACCGGGCUCCAGUCAACUGCAGUGACAUUGCAGCGUGUGCCAAGCAGGAGGGCUUGGUACCGGUACAGCUCGCUGACUUCGAGGGUCUCCUAGCCAGUUACCUGGAGAAACUGGGGGAGGCCGAGAGCAAGAGCAAGGAGGAAAUCGGCACGCUGGUCAGGGACUUCUUUGUGGACGGUGUGUUCAGCCAUGACAGGAUCUCAUUCCGGGACUUUGUGGAAGACUUGGCUGACAUUUUAGAAGAUAUAGUGGAAGCAGGAGGGAAUGAGGAGCUGGAGGACGAGAUGGAGGAGUUUGAGAGGGAGGCUUUGCGGAAGUUUGUAUUGGAUGGUGGCGAGGAGAAGAGGGGAGACUGGAAGAGAGGGAAUGGGAGAGUGAGGGCUUGAACCAGGGAAAUGAUAUGACAAAGGGAGCAGUGGCAGAAAAAGUGAGAGUAGCACAUUGUAACAGAAACAGUAGAGCAGCUCCUCACCAGCCUUCAUUAAUGCAAAACGCACCAAUUUAAGUACUUUUAACACCACACUGAUUUUGUUGCAGUUUUUUAUUUUAAAUUUUAAACUUGCUAAGAAUAUUCAACUAUUUCAGUUCAACUGUGUAGUAAUGCAGCAGUUUGCUGAUUCAAAAUGAAUUUGUGUUUUCAAGUGUGUGCGUCUGAGGGCUGAGUCUGGAACAGUGCAGUUCUCCAAGUGUAUCUCCAUUCUUUGAAGAUAAAGUGUGUGGGUGUAAGACAUGGGGAGUAACUGAGUAAUUCCACUCAGUACAGGAGGGGAGAACUGCAGGAAGAACACAUUGUGAACUAGGCUACGAAUGGGGUCUUAAUACAUUUUUUUGUUAAUGAAGUUAUUGAUCUAUUUAAAUGUAAACAAAUGGGUACGCAAAUGUACAUAAAGCACGGAAAGAUGUCAGUCUUUUUAGGUGGCUUUUAUUUUGUAAAUCUGAGUUUUGUAGUGGUUUUUUCCUGUUAUUCCUGUGUGGGAAUUUGUCUGUGCUUACACAUUGUGAAUGUUGAUGGCAUACAGUUCUGUUUGGUUCACAAAUUUAAUUUAUAUUAAUAAGUAGUGAAAUAAGUAGAGGCUGUUUUUGCUUUUAACAUGCAUUCUGGUUGAAUACUGUGCUUUUCAUUUCAAAGCAUAUCUUUACUGAACAAUGCAAGUGUGCAUAUGGAUAUUUUUUUAACGGUUUGUUUCUGUCAGAAGCACUAAGAAUUUGGGCUAUUUUUGCUUUUUUUUUUUUUUUCCGUUUGAAGUUUUAUUACACAUGUGGUAUAGUUGUUAAUGGAUGCAUCAAAUGAGAGUAUGAAGAUAUUUUCAUAUUCCUAACAGAAAUUGGCUAUAGGAAUUCAUGUAUGUUUACAGGUACAUGGGUGUGUAAAAUAUUGAAUUAAAAG